AUGGUCGAGCGGUUUCACCGCCAGCUGAAGGCCUCCCUACGCGCCGCGGCCGAUCCGGAGAACUGGACAGACCACCUUCCCCCGGUCCUCUUGGGCAUCCGCUCCGCUCUCAAGCCGGACCUUGACUGUUCCGCAGCUGAACUGGUGUUCGGCUCCACCGUCCGACUCCCCGGUGAGAUGAUCUCGCCAACCCCUCAAGGUGCAGCUGAGGAUCCUACCAACCUCCUGCAUCGCCUCCGGCAGUUUAUGCGGACACUUUCUCCGGUUCCUCCCAGGUCCUCCGCCUCUCCGUCUUAUCUCGAGAAGGACUUGGCAACGUGCUCUCACGUCUACCUUCGAUGUGAUCGAGUCCGCCGGCCUCUGAAACCGCCCUAUGACGGCUUAUUUCGGGUGCUCUCUCGCGGGCCGAAGACUUUCCGCAUUCAGCGCGACAAUCGUGAAGAGGUCGUGAGUGUGGACCGCCUCGAGGCUGCCGUCCCUGAUACUCCUCCGGAUGAGCCCUGUGGUCCUCAACCUUCUGCUUCCCCCAUGCAGCCUCUAUUCCACCGUCCCGUAUUUUCCCUCUGCCUUCCUGUCCGCCAUCUCCGACUGCCACCACCAACUCCAACACUUUCGCCACCAGAUUUAUUCACUCUUCUACGGACCCUGUAUAUAUCACUCGCAGUGGUCGUCAUGUACACUUUCCUGAUCGGUUGGUCACUCAUUUCUUUUAGACCUGUACACAUCCUUCGGCGUCGUCUUCGCCGCCCUCCGGUCUCGGAGGGGGGUACCGUGCCUAGGCGCCAGACUAUCUUGCCUUUCCCUGCCUGUUCCUCAUUCUUGAACUUACUGGUUGUUUAG